CGAUCUGCUGUGCUGGCCGCAGGAGUGACCCCGGUGGUGUAGGUACGCUUCGUGGCGAUGGCCUCUUUCGUGACGGAAGUCCUGUCCCACUCAGGGAGCCUGGAGAAGGAGGAUCUCGGCACCCGGAUCAGCCGCCUGACCCGGCGAGUGGAGGAGAUCAAGGGUGAGGUAUGCAAUAUGAUCAGCAAGAAGUACAGUGAAUUCCUGCCUACCAUGCAGAGUGCACAGGACUUGGUCACCCAGGUGGACAGUCUCUCUAAUGACAUCGACCAGCUGAAGUCCAGGAUAGAGAGUGAGGUGUGUCGGGAUCUUCACAUAUCAACUGCUGAGUUUACAAACUUGAAGCAGCAGCUGGAAAGAGACUCCCUAGUCCUAAGUUUGCUCAAGCAACUGCAAGAGUUUUCUUCUGCUAUUGAGGAGUAUAAUGGUGCAUUAGCAGAGAGGAAGUACAUCGCGGCCGCUCUGCACCUGGAGGAGGCACACGAAUGCUUGAAGUCAUUAAAAUCCAGAAAAUGCUUCGACCUAAAAAUGUUGAAGUCUCUGAGCAUGGAGCUCACCGUGCAGAAGCAGAACAUCCUUUACCACCUGGGGGAAGAGUGGCAGAAGCUGGUGGUGUGGAAGUUGCCAGCAUCAAAAGAUACCAGCAGCUUAGAAUCAUGCCUACAAACAGAACUUCAUUUAUGCACCGAACAGCCCCAGAAAGAAGAGAUGACCCCGCUGCCGUCCAUCAGUUCUGUCCUCUUGGCGUUUUCCAUUCUUGGAGAAUUAACCACCAAGCUGAAGUUAUUUGGUCAGAUGCUACUGAAGUAUAUGCUUAAGCCUCUGGUGACCUGCCCGUCACUCCAUGCUGUGACUGAAAGGCAAUCCAAUUCAGUUACCAUUCGCUUUCAGUCUCUGACGACGGACGAGGAGCAUCCUUCCCCACCUGAAGCUUUUGCAAAGAUCCAAUUGGUACUGGAAGUGCUCCGGAAACAGCUUUUAGAUUUGCCUCUUGAUGCUGAACUAGAAAAUGGAAAAGCCCCUGAGAUCGUGUUGUGUGAGAUGCUUGGUGAUGUCAUCUGGGAGGACCUGUCUGAGUGCCUCAUCAGAAACUGCCUGGUGUACUCUAUUCCCACCAAUAGCAGCAAGCUUCAGCAGUACGAGGAGAUCAUACAGUCUACAGAAGAAUUUGAAAAGUCCCUAAAGGAGAUGAGAUUUUUAAAAGGAGAUACUACUGAUUUGCUAAAAUAUGCUCGCAAUGUCAAUUCUCAUUUUGCUAAUAAGAAGUGCCAGGAUGUGAUUGUGGCAGCUAGAAAUCUAAUGACCUCUGAAAUUCACAACACUGUGAAGAUUACUCCUGAGUCUAAGGAAACUGUCCCAGACUUACCCAGUCCAGAUGUGGAUAACAAGCUACAGGUACAGAAGGUGUGCAAAGUGCAGAUCAGCGACGCCAGGAACUUAGAGCCUGUAACGUCGCUGGACCCACACUCCUUCUCUUUGCCUACGUGCCGCGUCAGCGCGUCUGUGAAGAAGUUAAUGGAGCUGGCGUAUCAGACCUUACUGGAGGCAACAACAAGCAGUGACCAAUGUGCUGUUCAGCUGUUCUACUCAGUGAGAAAUAUCUUCCAUUUGUUCCACGAUGUGGUGCCAACAUGCCACAAAGAGAACCUUCAGAAGCUCCCCCAGUUGGCUGCCAUUCACCAUAACAACUGCAUGUAUAUUGCUCACCACUUGCUGACCCUGGGUCAUCAGUUCAGAUCGCGUCUUGCCCCCAUCCUUUGCGAUGGCACGACUACCUUUGUGGACCUUGUGCCUGGCUUCAGAAGACUUGGGACAGAGUGUUUUUUGGCCCAAAUGCGGGCACAGAAAGGAGAACUUCUGGAAAGAUUAUCAAGCGCCAGGAGCUUUGCAAACAUGGAUGACGAAGAGAAUUAUUCUGCAGCAAGCAAAGCAGUGAGGCAGGUGCUGCACCAGCUCAAAAGACUUGGGAUUGUGUGGCAGGACGUCCUGCCGGUGACUAUAUACUGCAAGGCCAUGGGGACCUUGCUAAACACGGCGAUUGCUGAGAUGAUUGGCAAGAUCACUGCUCUAGAGGACAUCUCGACCGAAGAUGGCGAUAGGUUGUAUUCCCUCUGCAAAACAGUGAUGGAUGAAGGGCCACAAGUAUUUGCGCCUCUGACUGAUGAAAAGAAGAAUAAGAAGUACCAAGAAGAGGUUCCAGUCUAUGUGUCCAAAUGGAUGCCUUUCAAAGAACUCAUGAUAAUGCUACAAGCUAGCUUGCAAGAAAUUGGAGAUCGGUGGGCCGACGGAAAAGGGCCCCUGGCAACUGCAUUCCCUUCCAGCGAAGUAAAAGCUUUAAUCCGUGCCUUGUUCCAGAACACAGAAAGAAGAGCCGCUGCCCUUGCUAAGAUUAAAUAGCUCUCCAUUAGGAGAAAGCCUCUCUUGACUCUGGGUUCCUACUUUGGUGUAAUUCCUUCAGAACUCCUCAGAAUUACUCAUUGGUUUUGGUGAACCAGCAUAGCAUGGAAGCAUGACUUUAUCGAAGGACAUCUGACCUCCUGGCCUGGACAAAGGUUCUCCGAAUUGGAUAUUAAGAUAUCAAUUUAAGCAAAGCAUUGGGUUCCUUGAUUGUCACUGCUCUCCCUUGCCAGUGUGAUUUGCUCCCAGGUCCUCUGAGAGUUGUGUACAUUGUAAUUUUAGACCCUGGCUUUGGACAUUCCAAAGUUAGGGUUCAGAAUUUGUAGGAUU